CAGAAUGAUCUACUUCAGUUUCAGAUAUUCACUGAUUACAUCAUUGUUAUAUGAAGCAAACAAACUCCCCAUUUAAAGAGUCUAAAUGUAACUUAAACAAUCCUCUAUCAAGCAAUCUGUAAAGCAACAUCUCUCUUUCUUCUUUCUGACACAUUCUCAGACGGGAGUAAAUUCCACAGGACAAUCAGGAUGAAAAGAUGGCGACCAUACUGCUACCAGCGGGUUCUGAUGGCUUGUGCCCUUUCACUCUCGAGUCCCUUUUGGGCAUUGAGCACAGGAUUGCAGAAGAGCAGGCCAAGAACUCCAAGGAUUCCCCAGAGUCUUCUGCGAAAGCAGAUCAUCCCAAAGCCCAAGCAGACCUGGAAGCAGGGAAGGUGCUUCCUCGAAUCUUCGGUGACAUUCCUGCAGGACUGGUAGGGGUCCCACUGGAAGACAUUGACCCUUUUUACUUCAACAAUCAAAAGACCUUUAUAGUGCUAAAUAAGGGGAAGGCCAUCUUCCGCUUCAAUGCCACAUCGGCCCUGUACAUAUUUAGCCCAUUUCACAUCAUCAGAAGAAUCGCCAUAAGGAUACUAGUCCAUUCAUUGUUUAGUCUGUUCAUUAUGUGUACAAUUUUGACCAACUGUUUCUUUAUGGCCAUGUCGGACCCUGCGCAAUGGACCAAGUAUCUGGAAUAUACAUUCACUGGCAUUUAUACGUUUGAGUCGCUCAUUAAGAUCUUGGCGAGAGGAUUCUGUAUUGGACCCUUCACGUUCCUCAGAGACCCAUGGAACUGGUUGGACUUCAGUGUCAUUAUUAUGGCAUAUGUGACAGAGUUUGUGGAUCUUGGCAAUGUCUCAGCAUUACGAACAUUCAGAGUCCUGCGAGCCCUUAAAACCAUAUCUGUCAUUCCAGGUCUGAAGACCAUUGUGGGAGCUCUGAUCCAGUCAGUAAGGAAGCUAGCAGACGUGAUGAUCCUGACUGUCUUCUGCCUUAGUGUCUUUGCUCUGAUUGGUCUCCAGCUUUUCAUGGGUCUCCUACGGCAGAAAUGUGUCCGCAGCACUGCUCACUGUGUAAACUCCACCUACCCAGGAAAUGGAAGCUUUUUCUGUAACAACAAGACCUGGCACUCCAUAAAGGACUUCAUUAGCAGUGAAGAAAACUUCUACAAAAUUGAAGGAGCCAAGGACGCCUUAAUAUGUGGAUAUAGCAGUGAUGCUGGAAAGUGUCCUGAGGGGUUCGAGUGUUUGAAGAUGGGGAGAAACCCAAACUAUGGCUACACGAGUUUUGACAGUUUUGGCUGGGCCUUCCUUGCGCUCUUUAGACUAAUGACACAAGACUACUGGGAAAACCUCUACCACCAGACACUACGUUCAGCUGGUAAGACCUACAUGAUCUUCUUCGUGCUGGUAAUCUUCCUGGGCUCGUUCUACUUGGUAAACCUGAUUCUGGCUGUGGUGGCCAUGGCAUAUGAGGAGCAGAACCAGGCCACCAUUGCUGAGGCUUGGCAAAAAGAGAGAGAAUUCCAGCUGGCCAUGGAGCAACUUCACAGAGAGCAGAGGGCAUUAGGAAAGCGAAGCAAGGAAGCUGAACUGAGUCCAUUCCAAGAGAUGUCUCCAUCACCAUUUAGUCGCAAGGAGUCCAGAGAGCAUCGAUCCAGAUCCAGAUCCAGAUCCUAUAGAACCAUGUCAGAGGAAGCAGAAGAUGAUCCUCCUGAUGAGAAGUUUGUGCACCCACUCCUAGCCACACUCUCCUCCCAUCCUUUGAGCACACGGCGGGGCAGCAAUAGCAGUGUGUUCACUUUCCAUCUGCGCAAAAACUCUGAGGCUGAUGAUCACACCAGUGUCCUCUAUGAGGGACGGAGUCGAGCGGGAUCCACAGCGAUACCAUGGCACAAGCGCCGCACAAGCAGCAUUAGGAGCCACUGCUCUCAAGUUGUUAAACCCAGCUUUGCCAUCAAUGGCCGGCUUGAACUUUUGCCGGACCAGAAGAGAAUUGGUGGCAUCAGCCCACACACACCUACCUUGUUUCCUGCACACAGCAUGGGAAAGGUCAAAGAGGAGCUGGCAUGUUUAGAAGACCAUGCUAAUGAAGUCUGCAAAUCCAUGCAGCAAGGGCAGGUAGAAGCUCUGUCUCCCUGCAGGAAGCGAGAACUCAGCUCAGUCAGUUUCUUCAGUGAUGCCAUGGAUGAAUUUGAAGAGGCCCAUCAGAAGUGCCCUUCUUGCUGGUACAUGUUUGCUAAAAAGUAUCUGAUAUGGACGUGCUCUCCAGCAUGGCUUGGUCUGAAGGAGUUAGUAAACGUCAUGGUGAUGGAUCCUUUCCUGGACCUUGCCAUCACUAUCUGCAUUGUGCUCAACACACUCUUUAUGGCAUUGGAGCAUUACCCCAUGACUGAAGAAUUUAAUGGCAUGCUGAGUGUGGGGAACCAGGUGUUCACUGGGAUCUUCACGGCUGAGAUGGUAAUGAAGGUCAUUGCUCUGGACCCAUACUACUACUUCCAGCAAGGCUGGAACAUCUUUGAUGGGAUUAUUGUUUGCUUGAGUUUGAUGGAACUUGGUCUGUCCAAUGUUGAGGGAUUAUCAGUGCUCCGUUCAUUCAGACUGCUGAGAGUCUUCAAACUGGCCAAGUCAUGGCCCACUCUCAAUACCCUGAUAAAAAUCAUCGGCAACUCUGUGGGUGCCCUGGGGAAUUUAACUCUUGUUCUGGCCAUCAUCGUCUUCAUCUUUGCUGUGGUUGGCAUGCAGCUGUUUGGGAAGAACUACCAGGACUGCGUGUGUAAGAUCAGCACGGACUGCACUCUGCCACGUUGGCACAUGAAGGACUUCUUCCACUCGUUUCUGAUUGUGUUCCGUGUGCUGUGCGGUGAAUGGAUCGAGACGAUGUGGGACUGCAUGGAGGUGGCUGGCCAGCCACUCUGCAUCCUCGUCUUCAUGCUAGUUAUGGUCAUUGGAAACCUGGUGGUGCUGAACCUCUUCCUGGCUCUGUUGCUGAGCUCCUUCAGCUCUGAUAACCUGUCUGCUCCAGAGGAGGAUGGCGAGAUGAACAACCUACAAAUAGCAAUCGCACGCAUAUAUGCUGGUCUCACCUGGAUCCAGGGAGUCAUCAAGGACCUCUUCAGCGGCAACCUGGCCAAACGCUGGCACAAGAAUAAGCAAGCCCGGGCAACCAUGAAGGGUCAUGGCACCAACCAUCUUGAAUGUAAUGGGACUGUUGGGAGAAUCAGCAGUUAUGCAGAGAAACAUGUCACUUCACAAAGGGAGGACACCUACAUGACCAAUCCCAGCUUGAACAUAUGUGUUCCAAUAGCACCUGGAGAAUCGGAUAUGGAGUUUCCUGAGGAAGAAGAGGGCACAGAGACAUCAGAAGAUGAAGUAAACAAACCAGAAGUGCUCAGCCUGUCAGAAGGAAGUACUGUGGAUCUGAGGAAUCCAGGAGAAGAAGAUGAGGACACUCAGCUAGCUGGUGACACCAUGGAGCCGGAAGAGUGUCUCCCUGAGUUCUGUAUGCGUCGCUGUGAGUGGUGUGACAUCAACACUAACCAGGGUCUUGGCCUGGUCUGGUGGAGGCUGAGGAAGACCUGCUACCAAAUCGUGGAGCACAGCUGGUUUGAGACCUUCAUCAUCUUCAUGAUCCUUCUCAGCAGCGGAGCUCUGGCAUUUGAAGACAUUUAUAUUGAACAGAGGAAGGUGGUGAAAGUGGUGCUAGAAUACGCGGACAAAGUCUUCACCUACAUCUUUGUGUUGGAGAUGCUUCUGAAAUGGAUUGCAUAUGGUUUUAAGAAAUACUUCACAAACUACUGGUGCUGGCUGGAUUUCCUGAUAGUGGAUAUCUCUACACACACCUCUAAUGAUAGGGUAUCGCUAAUUAGCUUAGUGGCUAACUCUCUGGGCUACUCAGACUUUGGAGCUAUUAAAUCCCUGCGGACCCUGAGAGCCCUCAGACCACUAAGAGCCCUGUCUAGAUUUGAAGGAAUGCGGGUGGUGGUGAAUGCACUAAUAGGUGCCAUCCCCUCCAUCAUGAAUGUGCUGCUGGUAUGUCUGAUCUUCUGGCUUAUCUUCAGCAUCAUGGGUGUCAAUCUCUUUGCCGGCAAAUUUGGAAAGUGUGUGAACAGGACAGGCUACAUCCAUAAUGCCUCAAUCGUGAACAAUAAAUCAGAUUGCCUGGCCAUGAACAACACUCAGUUCUACUGGACCAGGGUGAAGGUUAACUUCGACAAUGUAGGGUUGGGCUACCUCUCACUUUUACAAGUCGCAACUUUCAAAGGCUGGAUGGAAAUCAUGUAUGCAGCAGUGGAUUCACGUGGGGUAGAAGAGCAGCCCAUUAAGGAGGUUAACCUAUACAUGUACCUUUACUUUGUCAUCUUCAUCAUCUUUGGCUCAUUCUUCACUCUAAAUUUAUUUAUUGGUGUAAUUAUAGACAACUUCAAUCAGCAGAAGAGAAAGAUAGGUGGACAGGACAUCUUUAUGACUGAGGAACAGAAAAAGUAUUAUAAUGCGAUGAAAAAACUGGGGUCAAAAAAGCCACAGAAGCCCAUACCAAGGCCAACGAAUAUUCUGCAAGGUUUCUUCUUUGAUUUGGUCUCCAAACAAGCCUUUGACAUCACAAUCAUGAUGCUCAUCAUCUUGAACAUGAUCACUAUGAUGCUAGAGACGGACGAGCAGUCUCCUCGAAUGGAGUCCAUUCUCAACAACAUCAACCUGGCUUUCAUUGUCAUCUUCACCGCUGAAUGCCUCGUUAAGAUCUUUGCUCUCCGCUGCUACUUCUUCACCAUCAGCUGGAACAUCUUCGACUUUGUAGUGGUCAUCCUGUCUAUUGUUGGAAUUGUUCUGGCUGAUAUCAUCGAGAAAUACUUUGUUUCUCCAACUUUAUUUCGGGUGAUCAGGCUGGCCAGAAUAGGACGGGUCCUCAGGCUUAUACGAGCAGCCAAAGGAAUAAGGACGUUACUCUUUGCCUUAAUGAUGUCACUGCCAGCCCUCUUUAACAUUGGCCUUCUGCUGUUCCUUGUCAUGUUUAUUUAUGCCAUUUUUGGGAUGGCCAACUUUGCCUAUGUGAAGAAGCAUGGUGGGAUCGAUGACAUGUUUAACUUUGAAACCUUUGGAAACAGUAUUAUAUGCCUGUUCCAGAUCACCACCUCUGCUGGCUGGGACAAUUUGCUGGAUCCUAUUCUAAGCAACUCGCCAGAGGAAUGUAACCCACACAUCAUCAACACAGGUACUAAUACAAAGGGCAAUUGUGGAAACCCGUCAGUGGGAAUUACUUUUUUUGUUAGCUACAUCAUUAUCUCUUUCCUCAUUGUUGUUAACAUGUACAUUGCCAUCAUCUUGGAGAACUUCAGUGUGGCCACAGAGGAGAGCACUGAGCCUCUUAGUGAGGACGAUUUUGAGAUGUUCUACGAGGUAUGGGAGAAGUUUGAUGUGGAAGCAACGCAUUUCAUUGAGUACUCCAAGCUUUCCAGUUUUGCAGAUACACUUGCAGAGCCCCUGCGAAUUGCUAAACCCAACAAGCUCAAGCUGAUUUCGAUGGAUCUACCCAUGGUGAGUGGAGACAAGAUCCACUGCCUGGACAUCCUGUUUGCCUUCACCAAACGUGUACUGGGUGAGUCGGGUGAGAUGGAUGCCCUCAAGCAGCAGAUGGAGGAGAAGUUUAUGAUAUCCAACCCUUCCAAGACCUCUUACGAACCCAUUACCACCACUCUCCGGCGCAAGCAGGAGGAGGUCUCAGCCACCAUAAUCCAGCGGGCAUACAGGAGGCACUUAGCGAGGCGGCAGAUAAAGAAUGCUUCCUAUCUGUACCAACAACUAAACCAAGAGGCAUCAGUGGACUUGGAGCAUGUGCAAGAAAAGCAGGGGCUCACUGCAGAUAUGAUUAAGGAGCAUUAUCACCCUGAGGAGGAGCAGGUUGAGGGGUCUCAGCACUCCUCCCCUCCUUCCUAUGAGGCUGUCACUGAGGCCCCAACUGGAUUGUUCCAGGUGCUGAUACCUGCCACCAGGAACCUUGCAGCUUGUGAGUCUUGCAACACUGAAGAAACCUUUCUGUAAAUACUACUUAUUAUUUCAGGAAGAACCUUUUCAAGAUCGAGGUUUAAAGCACAUGGUAUGCUGGAGUAUGCAAAGGCAUAUAGACAGAACUACAGUGAACUCCUUAGCAAACAGGUACAUAUUCCUAUGAUACUUCAACCAUGUACAAGCCAUAAUGCAUGUUAUUGUUACUUCACUAUUGACAGCCAGAAAUAUCAGGAUCCAUGGAUAACAGUCUUGCACAGUGAUCACCAACCCAGAUCCUGAGGAUCUACCAUUAUGUUUGCUUGAUCAAGUGUAGACUGAGCAAGUCAGUAAGGUGGAGGCCCUCAAGCAGCAGACGGUAGAGUUCCUGGCUAAUCCCUACUCUGUUGGAAGCAAAUUUUGUAGAACGGUAGAUUGUUAGGAACAGUUUUGAUGAUCACUGAUCACGCAUUCAUUGUAUCAGUGAAUGGAUGAAGGCUAAGGUCCAGAACAUAUUCAUUAGAGUUGCAAUGGCUUUUUGGUAGAUAGUAUUUACCUUGCAAUAAUUGACAAUAUUGAUCAAGUUUUGACUUUUUCCCCAUAUUUUUCAGCAAUGAUCUCAAAUGUUUCUACCAAGGAUUAAACAUAUACUAUGUACCAUCCGUCCCAACACUACAAAAAUGUAACUAGUUAUAUUCUUACUUGAGGUCUAUGGGACAGUGUUGUGAAAAUGAAAACAGAAAACUGAUUUCUUAACUGAUGUAAAUCAAAUUAAUACCAGAGAGAAUGCGGUGUUGAAAGGUACAUAGAACACAAUUUUAUUUUGUAUUUUGACACAUUGCACUGCCAUUGUAGCUUGGCUUUGAGUCUCAACAUGUUCUGCCCAAGAUAUCUAAGUUGAUUUUUAGGGCUAUUUUCACAAUGAGAUCUGCAAUAUGUGCCUGCUGAUGGGUGUCGUGUCUCUACACACAUGACUCAGCUUAGGAAAACUGCUUCAGGAGCCAUAUUAUGGUCUCUGAUAUACCACUGUAAGAGUUACUCUUAAGUCUCACAUACACUUUAAUACUUACUGUAUAUGUGAAAUGAAUGGUUGAAUAUGCAGUGAUUUCUUUGCAUGAACUCAAAUAUCAAUUCAUUCAUUUAUUUAACUUUUCUAAUACAGACAGGUGACAAAUUAAUUGAAAAACAAGUGACUCUGUUAUGCUGUAGGGGGAAUGUAUUUAUUUUGCUAGCAUGGUUUGUGUCCAUUUGUCCACUUAAAAGGAAGAGUCACUGCAAAUUAAUAAAAAGUUCUUCUGACUGACUUCACCUUUAUUCUAUAAUGCAACAUUUCUAUCCUGAUGGAAGUGGUCUUUAGGAAGAAUGAUGUUUAUUUCUCCAGUACAGUUCCAGAGACUUGUAGAAUCUAAGGAGAGGAGCACUGAAGCUUUUUUGGCAGCUUGUGGUGGUCAAAACCUUGCUAACAUACUUUUUGUUGGUUUUUCCUUUAAUAUGUCACCUGUAUAUAUCUCAAGAUGAUAUUCUUUUUUAAAUACAGUGCAAUAGAUUAUCCAUGAUUAUUCUCCAAGUUAUGUUUAAUCAAAACAUUCAUUAAGCAUUAUAUAAAAUGACAAUAAAGAAAAAAUACAUCAA